AAACAGUCCUUCUCUCCACUAGCUUCUCCUAGACUUUUGAUUUUAACAUAACGUCAAGGCUGGCCGUAGUUUACCCCCGAUCUUUAUUGUCGGUUAAUGGGAACAACAGUAGUUUUUCCACAUGCUGUUUUCCGUGCGAUUUUUCAUUGUCUGCACAACGAGCGUCUCACUUUUAUCUGCUGUUGCGCAAGCCGGAUAUACUCCAAAUUUUAAUUUCAACCAACCCCACGAUAUCAGUGGCCGAACACCAUGUUGUGUGGAUAGACUAACAACACUUACUUGUGGAAGGAUGAGACUGAACACACCGGCAAAAUUUGCUAAACGAUGUGCGAAUGAUCCCGAUUUCGCACUUAUUCAGUGUUGCUCUUCGUGCUUUGACAGAAGAAGCUCUUUGAGCAGUGAAAAGUACAAUUUGGUAGUGAGGAGACAUUUGGAGGAUCCAAUGAAAGCUACAUGCAUAGAUAGACGAGGAGGAGACUGGUGCCAAAAAAUGGCAAACAGAGAGAACUAUUGGCAAGACGCAAGUUUCAGCACAAUUGGUGGUUGUGGUGCUUUUCCGUCGGCAUUCCGAGAGUGUCGAAAUACAUGUGGAUAUUGUUCAGCAACAAUGCAAAUGACUGUUGUUAAAUAUGACUAUCGACUGGCAACAAGCACACCACGAUGUGAUAUUAAAACAUAUUUUGCCAGGACGGAUGUUGAAAUGAAAAAGCGAUACAAUCCGGCUAAGAAAGAAUUCGACCCACUUGCCCGACUAAUAUGGAAAAGGCCAAAAGACACCGAUUACUUCGUUGUUGAAGAUCACAAUUACGAGGAUUUUAUGUAAUUAUAUAAAUCUAUUUUAAUACAUGUUACGAUACUCAGAAUUUAUAAAGUUGUUUUAAAAUU